AUGGAAGAAGGUGAGUUAAUAUUAAAAAUUUUUUUUUAAAGUUUAGGUAAAUACUGUGAUAAAGGAGGGGUAAGAUUAGAUUAAUAAAAUAUAAGAAUAUGGUGCAGCUGGGAUAGAUAUUUAAAAAGAGACAAGCCGAGCCCUCGUUUUUGCCACAAGGCAAAUGUAGCAGGCUGCUUUACAAGCCUAUGUUACGAAAAAAGUAUGGUAAAGCUAAGUUAAACUUAGGCUACAAAAAAACUAUGAUAAGACUAAAGUAGAGCAAAACAAAAUGUAAGACUAAACUAAGUUGAUACUAGGGUAGAUAAAUCUACGAUAAAGCUAAGGUGGGGUUAAUAUAAACGAAGGUAAGACAAAGUUAGGUCUAAGAUAAAGAGAAGGUAAAGCAAGGGUAAGGCUAAACUAGGGCUAGAAUAUGGCAACGGAAUAACUAACAUAGAACUACAGAAAGGUUACGAUGCGACAUAGAGAAAGGUAGAGAUAAGAUAAAGAUAGGAAAAGGUAACGCUAAGUAGAACUAAAACAGGCCCAAGCUAAAGCAAGGGUACGAUAAUAUAGGACUAUGGGUGAACUAAGUAAGAUAAGGCUAAUAUAGAACUAGCGUAAUAUUAUCGUAAGGUUAAAACAGAGAAAUAAAUUAGGGCUAGAAAAAGCUAGAGAACGGUUCUAAUGGAUAUAAGUCAAAGUUAAGCUUUAAUUCUAUAGAGCUGAAAUUUAAAGUAACAUCAAGUUUUAUAUCUUAAUUACCCAUUGCGGAGAACAUAAAUUUUCAUCUCAAAAAUGCAUUUCCAACCACAAAACAGCCAAAAACUUAGAAAUUUUUGAUGAAAAAAGUGAUUUUCAACUGAAAAUAUGUGUAUUUCGGGGUAAAGAUGGGUUUUUUCAAACAUUCUUAAAGGACCAGUUCGCCCAUUCAAAUAUCAUUGGCAUUCUGUCGCAAAAAGCGUCGAAAAUCAGGCAAUUUCAAUCAAAAUCAUUUUUCUCAAAAAACGUGAGUGGGUCGGUGUCGAAAUGAAUUUUCUAAUUUGGGACCGAUCUUCUCAGGUUUUUUGCAAAAAAAAUGAACGUCGAAUUUUUGCGACAGAAUGCCAAUGAUAUUUGAAUGGGCGAACUGGUCCUUUAACGAUCUUCAUAUGCACUCUAAAAUCCCAAAAUUCUUCACAAAAAAUACACAUUGGCCAUAAUUCCUCCGUACCAAGUUUGGUAUUUCAGCCAUCCUUCAAAAUGAAUUACAAAUUUUUAAAAUCCUGCAAAUUUCUUGGGACACCCUGUAUUUUCAGUGAAACCAAGCCAAAAACAUCAUCAUCAAGAAGCAAAAGUACUGAAAAUGGUUCAAACAAAUCAAAAAGUAAGAAUUCUGAAGAAAAAUCAAAUGGCAAAGCGUCAUCAAAGAUAGCUACUUCCUCCAGUACAAAGCCUAGUACAUCAAAAACAACUUCUUCUACUAAAAGUUCAACUAAAACGUCUAAAACAAUUUCAUCAACCAAUGAAAACUCAACUGUCAGCUUAAAAUCACCCUCAAAAACAUCAUCUACAUUAAGUUCAAAGCCAUUAUCAACUAAAACAGCCAGCUCCAAUGGCUCUACACGACCAGAAAGACCAUCAACUAAGUCAUCACGGUCUUCUUCAGGCUUUUCUGAUGACAUUAAUACCCAAAAAGGCUUCGACAACCCAAUAAAACAAAGCCAAAGGCCAAAUAGUGGUAUUGUAAAUGGAUAUACCAACAACUAUAGCUCCAGAAAGAGAGUACCAAGCGAUCUAAGCAGCCAGACGAUUCAUGAAGAAGAUCAGGAUAAAGAGACUUUGGAUGACAUUUCGACCCAACGGUCGAUCAACCCAAUCAGUGAAGCUGAAGAGUACCCAGAUGACUUUGAAGAAUACGAAGACGAUUUUGAAGAAGAUUCUGAAGAUGACGAUGAUGACAAACAUGAUGAAGACACUAAAAAUGAAAGUCAAAGUCAAUAUACGACGAAGAUUAACAAAGAAAAUGACGUUAAAAGUAGUACCAAUAGUACCAAAAGUACCAAUGGUUACGAUGACAAAAUACAAAAACGACCAUUCAAGGAAGAACUGAUGGAUGAUUCGCCAAGAGCUUCCUCGUCCUCUAGCAUGACUCCAAAUGUCAGCAAUGAUGUUGGCGAUUCAUUGCUACUGAAGAGGAUUAUGCAGCCAAGAACGGUUGAGAACACUGUCAAUGGGAGGCCUAUUACUGCGCAGAGAAUGAGUAAGAUUUUAAACCAAUGUGAAUUUUUUUGGCUCAGGCUCAGGCCCAUGCCCAGGCCCAGGCCCACCCCCAGGCCCACCCCCAGGCCCAGGCCCAGGCUCAGGCUCAGGCUCAGACUCAUGCUUUGGCUCAGGCUCAGGCUCAGACUCGGACUCAGACGCAGACUCCGAAUCAGACUCAAGCUCAGACUCAGGCUCAAUCUUAACCUUAAGCUCAGGUUCAAGCUGAGGCUAUGGAUAAAGCUAAACUUAAAGUGCAAUUUUUAUUAUUUUUGAUAUUAUUUUAGACACUUCAAUGCCCCGUCCAACGACAGCUCAAAACCGAACUUUUCAAAUUGGCAGUGUAGCCACUGUGGAUUCAGAAUCUUUGCAAAAAUCAGCUGCUGUUUAUAGAAAGUUGAGGUCGGAAGGCAAUUUGAGUAUCGAAAAGGUUGUCAGUAUCGACUUUCCAUCAAAUCGACGAUCAGAAUUGUACAAUAAAAUUGUUGAAGAAGGGGUCAAGACUCAGGUAAGCAAGGGUAAAGGUGAUGAUUCAGGCGGGGAAGAGAUUUUUGUUACCUAAAAUACUAUUUUUUGUCAUUUGUUACCUAAUAUUCAACAAAAAACUAAUAUAACCUUAUAGAGAUACACCCAAACCGGUGAAGACAACUUUGAAAACGAGACCCAAACAGAUGUCAUGGAUAACAUCGAAAAAGAGACACAACAUCCGGAAAAAUCACAAUUAUCGACUAGUAAUACGACCACAGAUACAAAAAUGUCACAGGGUUCAAGUCGAAAAAUAUCGACCAUAAAUCAACUUGGUCAAAUAAAGAAUCAACCGAAAUUCAAGCCAAAUGUCACGCAAAUGAAUAGGUUUUUGGAUAUCGCUGGGAGGGUAGGUUAAAGUUAAAACUGAAGCCAGGGCUGGGGGUGGUAGCAACGAGGAACGUGCUGCUUGUCAGCCUUGGUUCAAACUUAAGUUGAACCGGCCUGAAAAUCAAAGCCCGGCCAAAAAAAUCGGCCGGUUUGUAUGUAAAAAAAUUCAAACCGGGCUUGGACUGAGCAAAAUUUAGAUCCGGCUGAAUCUAACAUUCAGGCUUGGCCUUGGUUAGAGGCUGGCUAAGCCAAAUGAUCAAGCUCAAGCUUAGGCUCAGGCUCAGGCUCAGGCUCAGGCGCAGGCUCAGGCUCAGGUUCAAGCUCAAGCUCAGGCUCAGGCUCAGGGUCAGGCUCAGGCUCAGGCUCAGGCUCAAGCUCAAGCUAAAGCUCAGACGGCUUAGGCUGACACUAAAAGUUUUUAAAAUUGAAUUAAAAAUGACAUUUUCAGACAAUGUUAUCUUUGCUUGCUCAAGACCAACCUACAUCAAGUGCCUUGUUUCAUAUGCCAAUGAAGACGACCCUCGACUUUGCCACUGGCUAUAUGGAGUUCCGAUUGCCUAGUAGUGUAGCUGAAGGUAAAAUACGUUUGCAAAAACUUGUUCUUUAAAGUUUAUUACCUAAAAUUUUAAAUUCAGAAUCAGAAUCAACAUCAAUUUGUAUUCACCCAGUCAAUAAAAAUCGACUAGCCGUGACAUUUUACGUUAUCAAGUCGACAGAGACAAACAAUUUUUUAACUGAUCAUACUGUCGUUGUGGAGUAUAACAUGGAUGAUCAAUCAAAGCCUAGAACGUAAGUGUAUUAGCCUUCCCUAGCCAGAGCCUUAGCCCAGAUCUCUAGCCCAGAGCCCUAGCAGAGAGCCCUAGCCCAGAGCCCUAGCAGAGAGCCCUAGCAGAGAGCCCUAGCCCAGAGCCCUAGCAGAGAGCCCUAGCAGAGAGCCCUAGCCCAGAGCCCUAGCCCAGAUCUCUAGCUCACAGCCCUAAUCCAGAGCCCUAGCCUAGAGCCCUAGCCCAGAGCCCUAGCCCAGAGCCCUAGCUCAGAGCAUUAGCCCAGAGCCCUAGCCUAGAGCCUUAGCCUCGCUUAGCCAAUUUGAAGCUUAGUCCAAGCCUUGUCUAAGCUUAUCAUAUGCCUAGUCUACGUUUAGCUCAGUCUCGCUUAAAUCUAUCCUAAGCUCUAGCAUGGCGCUGACUCAGCUUUAGUUGCAGCCUAAGCCUAAGUUUAACCUAGCCUAGCCAAUUUUAAGCUUAAAUUCAGUUUAUGUCUAACCGAAGUUAAGCAUAAGUUUAGUCUAAGCCUAGUCGAGUUUAAGCCUGAAUUUUGCCCUCAGUUUUAUACUUCUAACUUUAGCUUAUACACCACCCCAAACAAAGUAACAUCAAUAUGUUAUUCAUUAGAUGGAACAACGGCUAUUUUCGCUGGCCUAGCUGAUGGAUCUUGUGUUUUAUGGGAUUUGUCGGAAUCUGAAGCUAAUUUUGAAAAUGUCAUUGUAUGGCCAGAUACUCGAAGAGUUUAUUAUGCAAGAUUACCAUCGUAUGACACAUCGUAUAUGGUACUCAAUGACAGAAUGAAGUUGAAGUUUACUGACAAAGUAGAUUGUCCUAUUAUUAGGUGUGGGGCUGUUAAAAGCAAUGUUAAAACGUAAGUUUCAGUGCUGGUUUGGGGGUUAAAAUUUGAAAAUUUUAAGUUGGAAAAAAUUUGUUAAAAUUUAAAAAAUAAUUUUUAAAUUUCAAAAAAAAAUUCAAAUUAAAAACAAAUUUAAUAUUUAAAAAAAAAUUAAAAUAUCAAAAAAAUUUGAAAAUUCAAAAAACAUUUUAAAAUUUCAAAAUAAAGAAAACUUAAAUUUCAAAAAAAUUUUUUAAAUUAAAAAAAUAUUUUAAAUCCUAAAAAAUUUAAAAUUAAAAAAAAAUUUUUUUUUCAAAAUUUAGUUUUUUUUUUGGUUAAUACAAGUUUUUUAUCUUCCAGAGUACAACAACAAUUCAUAACAGCAGACUCACGUGGUAUAAUAACAACUUAUGGCCUCUCAUCAGCCUCAACCUCCAACUUUGAGCACGAUUUAGGCUUGAGAGUUGGAGCUAGACUGUUAUUGUUAAAGUUGUCAACCACAACUUGUUUAGGCCCUUCGGCCAUUUGUUAUUGUGCUGAUUUUAAUUUUGAUUCUUCUUAUCAGAUUUUGGUCGGAAGUUCUGAUGGAAUUGUCAGAGUUAGUCGAGGCGAAGAGAAUGGACGGAGUAGUAUUAGGAAGUAUGGCAGUGGUGGGUUUUUUGAACAGAAUUAUGGUUUAUUAUCAUAGUCUAUACUAAUAAUAAGUUUAACUUUUGUAUUUUUUCAGGCUUAGUAGGUUGAGCGUCAGCAGUGUUAGGCUUAGUAGGCUUAAGCUUAGCAAACUUAUGUUUAGUAAACUUAUACUUUGUAGGCUUAAGACAGCACAAGUGAGCAAAGUACGUUUAAAUUAAGCAAGAUUAGGCUUAGGCUUUGUAAGCUUAAGUUUAGUUAGCAAAACUAGCCUUAGGCCAAACAGGCUUAAGUGUACCAUGCUUGGGCUAAUUAAACUUAGAUUUUAUAGCCAUGGGCGUAGUGAGCUUAGACGGCUUAGGCUUAUCAGGAUUGGGUUAGUGAUCUUAAGCUUAGUAGGCUUAUACAAGCCUUUGUACUUAAGAAGCUUACGAUUAAUGGUUUGAGGUUUAGUAUUUGUUGACUUAUUAGAUUUAAGCUUAGUAUACCUAAGCUUAUUAGGCUUAGACUUUGUGGCUUUAAGCUUGUUAGGCGUACGCCUUAUAAGCCUAAUUAGUAAUUUUAAGCAUAAAACUCGAAAAGUCAGUAGAUUAGGCUUAGUGAGCUUCAAAAACAAAAAAAGUAUCGGUUAAAAAGAGCCGAUCACUUACUGUAAUAUAAAUUUUUUUUUCAGAUUUUGAGUGCAACUUCGUAUCAGUUGCCUUUUCGCCUUUUGACAGCUCCAUUUUCGCUGUAAGUUUUUAUUUUAAAAAAUUUUUUAAGAAAAAUUUUUAUUUUUUUUGUAAAAUACGUAUUCUAAAACAUUACUAAAGAAUAGUAUAGUUAAUAUGUAAUAGGCAGCUACAAGUCUAAACGAGAUCAAUGUGUACACUAUCAACGACACCAAGCCAUUGUUAACAAUAGGAGUUGCUCGAUCUGGAAUGAUUUGUCAAAUGAAAUGGUCAGAAAAGUAAGUGCAACAUGUUUUCUAUUGAAAUUGAACUAGGCUUGUGAAAGGAAUCCAACUUUUUAAACCAGCGAGAAAGGGGACUAGGCCUGGCUCGGCCGGCCUUCAGUUAGAACUGGCUGGAGCAAAGAAAGUUUGAAAGGAGCCGGACGGAGGCCCAAGCCGUGGCCUGGUGAACUACUUCAGUUCCAUUGUCAACACGUAUUUAAAAACGUGUAAAAAAUUUUAAAAUUUAAAAAUUUUUUAGAAUUCCAACGUUAAUUCACGCUCUGUAUGAAAAUGGAAACUUUGCCAAUUUCAAACUGGACCAACCUUCACUGGAAAAGACCCGAUUAGCCAAGCUUACUGAUUGCGACAAAGUGAUUGACUUUAACGUAUGGGCGGACGACCGUGGGUUCUCUUAUAUGGUACGUUAUAAUGUUUUUUUAGUUCAAUAGACAAACCCUAAGCUAAGUUUCUAAGCUCUGGCCUCUGGGCUAUGGCACUGUCUGGGCUCUGGGCUCUGGGCUAGGGCUCUGGGCUCUGGGCUCUGGGCUCUGGGCUUUGGGAUCUGGGCUCUGGGCUAGGGCUCUGGGCUCUAGGCUAGGGCUCUGGACUAGGGCUCUGGGCUAAGGCUCUGGGCUAAGACUCUGGACUAGGGUUCUGGGCUAGGGCUCUGGGCUAGGGCUCUGGGCUAGGGUUCUGGGCUAGGACUCUGGGCUAGGGCUCUGGGCCAGUGUUUUGCCGGACCGGUCCGGAUGAGAAUUUUUUCGGUCCGGUCCGGUCCGAAAAAUUUUCGGUCCGGUCCGGUCCGGAAAAUUUUUUUUUAUCCUUAAGAAAAGCCAGGAGCGCUCAAACUGCUUUCUUUACGUUUAAAAACUCUUAAAAAUAUGUUUUAUUUGCAAUUUUUAAAACAGUUUUAUUAAAAUAAAAAAAAAUUUUUUUUCCGGACCGGUCCGGAACUUUUUUUUCGGUUCGGUCCGGUCCGGAAAAUUUUCGGUCCGAUCCGGCUCUAUUUUCUCUUGGUCCGGUCCGGACCGGACCUCGGUCCGGACCGGACGGGUCCGGCAAAACACUGCUCUGGGCUAGGGCUCUGGGCUAGGGCUCUGGGCCAAAGUGAGGGCUUAAUUUAUUAUAUCUUGUCUAUUUUCAGAGCCUAACAACAGGUACAAACCAGCUACUAGUGUAUGGACUAGAAACCCCACCUUCUGGUAACGGGCGUGCCAACGAGUUUUUUGAAAAACUAAAACGCCACUUUUAA